AUACGUCUGAUAAUGGGGCCUCUUCUGCAUCCAUCUCUUCUCCUUGCAGUGUCUGGGUCCCUGAAAGUCCUCCCAGAAGUACAGCUGGACGCCGAGUGGGGCGGAUCCAUUAUCAUCGAGUGCCCACUCCCUCGAAUACCCGUGAGGAUGUAUCUGUGCCGACAGAUGACUGACCCUAAAAUAUGCACCACCGUGGUGUCUGGCAGCUUUGUCAAGAAGGAAUACGAAAGACGAGUCACCCUAACGCCGUACUUGGAUGAGAGUCUCUUCCUGGUGGAGAUGACACAGCUGACUGAAAAUGACAACGGAAUCUAUGCCUGUGGUGUGGGCAAAAACACAGACCGGGGCAAGACCCGGAAAAUCACCCUGAGCGUCCAUAGUGAGUAUGAACCAUUCUUGGAAGGUGAACCAACAUCUGAGCCUCCACCAAGAUGGUUUCCCAGAUUUCUGCAACAGCAGAUUCCCAGCUGGUUCCAUGUGGUUGACCAUGUCAGUUCUUCUGAAUUCACAUCCAAAGUCACCACACCAGCUCCAAGGACUGAGGCCCCUUCAGUUCGCCAGCCCUCCAGCAUCACGCCAGUGACCCGCCAUCCCAGAGUUUCCAGAACGUCUUCAAUAACAGCUGCGGAGUUUGCAGCCCUCCCACCUGCUACUGCAGCUCCGAAGACCUCAGCUCAGGAAGCGGUCGGCCCCCUAGAGGCCAGCUACAGCCACCACACCAGACCUCAUAGACAAAGAACACCCCACCAUGGCCCACAGUAUGGAAGACAAGACCAAGGGUUUCACAUCUCUACCCCAGAAUUUCACAUUCUGAUUCCGACCUUUCUGGGCUUUCUUUUGCUGCUUCUUUUGGGAGUGAUGAUAAAAAGAGCCAUUCAAAGGAGGAAAGCCUUCUCCAGGCGCAGACUGGCGAUGAGGAUGCGUGGCCAGGAGACAUCCCGCCCACUCCGUGCACAGCGCCUAGGUGUUCCGCAGAGGCUGCGUUCGCAGAACAACAUCUACAGCGCCUGCCCUCGGCGUGCACCGGGCCCCGACAGCGUGGGCUCCCCGGAGGCCCCACUUCUCAGCAUCCCAGCCUCAGAGUCCUCUGCCCAGCCACAGGUACUUGAAGCUCCUUGGCCCCACACCCCGUCUCUGAAGAUGAGCUGUGAGUACGUGAGCUUGGGCCAGCAGCCUGCUGUCAAUGAGGAAAACUCUGAUUCGGAUGAUUACGUCAAUAUUCCUGGCCUGCCUCAUCUCCCCGACUACGCCCCAGGGCCCAGACCUUCAUGCCAAUGAAUCCUGCCUGUCUGCUGAUUUCUAGCACCUUCACUUUGUAGGAUCUCUGUCUUUCCAUGUCCCAUACCCCAACUUGACUAUCUGAAUGCCUUGAGAAUGGUCAAUUACAAGCUAAUUUUUCACCCCAUUGAAGCCCCCUGCAUUUAUUGGGAGAUCUCUGAAUAUACAGAGCAUUCAUCUGUCAUGAUGCCACUGGUCCUUUCUGUAUCACCUAACAGCCUAUGGGACCUGCAAAGGUGCUUUAUCACUAUCUAUGGUCACAUGGCCUUUGUUGCCUCAACCCUAGCUCAUGUGGCAUCGUGGUUGGUGGUUGACACUGAUCCAAAGGGCAUAUGAGCUUCUGUUUGUCCUGAGUCUCAUGGAAACGGUAACUUAUUUGAUAUGAUGAUUUAGUCUAAAUUUUCAGAAUUGGGCUUUUGUUGGUGUCCAUGAUAUACACACGCAUGAAUCCUCCUUAACUCCCCAUCACUUGGUAGAGGUAUCCUGACUCCAGCAUCUCCCCCUUGUAAAAAGUCUCCCUACCCUCUUCUGUAUCCUGGUACCUUAACAUUGAUCUGUUUUAGCUAUGUCAAACUAUCAGCUCUCCCCGUUUUCAGAAAUAGACCCACUCCCCUUGUCAUCCAGACAACAUAUAGCAAGGCACGGGAGAGAAGCACCCUGGGGGAU